AUGAGCACCACUUUGACAAAGAUCAGUGCGUUUUCGCACUUGAGACUGCAACCAGCAGAUGAAAUGAAUGACUUGAAAGUCCAAUUGGCACGGGACACGGACCCAAAUAAGGUCAAUGUCAGUGCAGGAGUUUAUCGUGGUGCAGAUGAUAAAGUCAUUAUGUUUCCUGUGGUGAAAAAGGCAAAGGAGAAGCUCGGUGCUAAUGAUCCAGGACAUGACUAUACUUUCUGUAUGGGAAUCCCAGAAUACCUAAACAUGGCCGCUAAGCUGGCUGUGGGUGAGGAAAUUCUGUCCGAAAAAAAGGUGGCUUCCUGCCAGACAGUUGGCGGAACGGGGGCAUGUCACAUGGGAGCAAAGCUCUUGACCGCAAGCGGUCACACAGAGUUCUAUGUGGGAACGCCUACUUGGCCAAAUUAUAAGUCUCUUAUUAAAGAGGUUGGGGGCAACGUUCAUUACUACAACCACCUUGACCCUGCCACAAAGAAGAUUGCCUGGGAUGUGCUCAUGAAUCUUCUAAAAACCGUUCCAGAACGGUCGGUGUUUGUGUUUCAAUUAGUGUGUCACAACCCCACAGGAACUGACUACUCUAAAGACCAAUGGUUGCAAAUAAUUGAAAUCAUGAAGAUGAGAAAUCUGAUUCCAUUUAUAGAUGGUGCAUAUCAGGGUUUUGCUUCGGGAUCGAUUGAAGAAGACGGAUGGGCAACCAGAGAGUUUGCUAAGCAGGGACUAGAAUUGAUCAUGUGUCAAUCUUUUUCAAAGAAUUUGGGAUUGUAUUCUGAACGAGUGGGUGCGUUACACGUUGUCUCUGACAGCCCCGAAAACUCUGCUGUUGUUGCUGACAAUAUCCGUUAUCUUUUCAGGGCCGAAGCUUCUUCAGCACCAGCAUACGGAGCCAGAAUUAUGAUUGAAUCUGCAACCAAUGAUAUGGAGCUUUGGAAAGAAGAUAUUAGAAACGCAGUUGCGGAUUUGAAUUACAGACGAAAGACGUUGCACAAUUAUCUGACCACGGAGCUAAAAACUCCUGGUAAUUGGGACACCCUGUUAUCUCAAAAGGGCUUGUUCUGGUAUUCUGGUCUUUCUGCAGAUCAGUGCGCUCAGCUCAGAGACAAGCAUCAUGUUUAUCUUCCAUCUAGCGGCCGUGUGAACGUUGCGUGCCUAAACGAAUCUAACUUCAAAUUAUUUGCAUCUGCAUUUGAUGAGGUGGUUCGUGGAUAA